AUGGAUGAGUUGCUGGAAAAGGAUAGUCAACUGGAGGCUGCUAUCACGGAGAUUGAAUUCAAGGACAAUCUCUUGUCCGAACACAAUUCUGCUUUGGAGGCCGAACAAUUACGAUCUGAACAGUUGGCGCGCGAACUUGCCGCAAUGCGCUUACUCCAACAGCCAUCAGCAAGCCGCACAGAUCAGCCGACUCAGCUUGACAACAAUGGGCCUGCCACCAAGUCACCUACGGAGGAGGAUAUUCCUCUCACAGAAAAGCCACACUCCCCGUCCACUCCGGCAUGA